UUUGGCAACCUUUUGACACAUCGCUGGCAAAAAAAAAUCCAUCCCCUUCGAAAAACUGUGCAAACCACCGCGAACGAGAAAGUGUACCGUACGAGUUCCGUCGUGUCCGGGAAUCCGUUUUAAGCCCCCCUACCGUUGGUUGCUGCUCCCGCAGAAGAUACGCGCGCCCGACAAUGCUGACCAAUCUGGCCAAGCUGUCCGCUGUCCGCGGAGUGUCGCAGUCCGUCACCAAUGGGCUGAAACCUGCCGUCGUCGGUGCUGCGAAGACCGAAAGCAAAUCGGCAUCUGCCGCAGGUCAGAUCCCUGUCGUUUCGGCCGCAUCCGCCGCUGGCCUGCCGAGCAACAAUGUUCGGGUGGUUUCUGGCGUCACAGGAGCAACACAGAUCCGAUGCGCCCACACCGACAUCCGGGUGCCGGAUUUCUCGGACUACCGUCGUGACCAGGUGAAGCGCCCGAACGCGAAGAACGACAGCGCGGAUGAUCGUGCUGCCUUCACGUACCUUCUGGUCGGAGGUGCCGCCGUUUCGACUGCGUACGUCGCCAAGUCGCUAGUGUCGACGUUCGUCUCCUCGAUGAGCGCGUCCGCCGAUGUGUUGGCCAUGUCCAAGAUCGAAAUCAAGCUGGCCGAUAUCCCCGAGGGCAAGUCGAUGACGUUCAAGUGGCGCGGUAAGCCACUGUUCAUCCGCCACCGUACCGCACAGGAGAUCGAGGCGGAACAGUCGGUCGCGGUCGCUACCCUGCGCGAUCCCCAGAACGAUACGGAGCGCGUCCAGAAACCGGAAUGGCUCGUCGUUAUCGGUGUGUGCACGCAUCUUGGCUGUGUGCCAAUUGCGAACGCUGGUGACUUCGGUGGCUACUACUGUCCGUGCCACGGUUCCCAUUACGACGCGUCCGGCCGUAUCCGCAAGGGUCCGGCUCCGCUGAACCUGGAAGUGCCGUACUAUGAGUUCCCGGAGGAUGGUCUGCUUGUUGUCGGUUAGAAACCGUCCCCUCCCACCACCCCUUCAGUUUCCAUCGCAAAACCGGUUAAAAGAGCAGAACCCUCCCAAUCCAAAUAAGUAGUGCAAAACGAGCUGAACAAUCAAUCUUGGUUCGGCGAUAAGUGUUGAAUGACGCAAAAGGGUUCCUUCGGAUUGUCACCGCCUCGCGUGUGUGUGUGUGUAAGUAUUUGCAAACCCAGUCCGACCAAGGAGCUACUAAUGCCCAGAAAAUCGUAAGAGGCGUCCCAACCCCCCAGCAACAGGAGACAGCAACAAUGCAAACCAAAACCAAUUUACCGAUAGUAGAACAAUUACAGCAGACUGGGUAAUAAAUUGAUUGGUAUAACGUUACUAUAGCUGAU